GUAAUGCACAUAAUUACGCUGGUUGCUAGCCGCCGUUAAAAACCAAGAAGAAGAAGAAGAAGAAGUAAUUGCUCAAACGCAGGCCUGUUUAAAUGCCGUGUCAGCAGCUAGUGAGCGAACGCUCUCUGUCUUGCUGCAUUUCCGUGUGUUCAGAUGAGCAGCAGGAAAAUAGUUACUCGUCCAGUUUGGUGCCUAUUGUAUGCAUUCAGUGUCUUGUUAAAUGAACAAAAUCACAGAAAAUUAACUGAAAUGGACUUCUUUGGCAAGUUUCGCACUAACCAGAACAUUUCCAGAGCUCAUGCUGGGCUAAAUGUCAACACUGCAGCUCGGAGUGGAAGCAAUGUUACAGAACCGAUAUUCACUAAUAACACAAUAGCAGGCAAUGUCCACAUCAUACAUAAUGCACCUGGUUUCACUGGCGAUCGCACAUACUCUGAAAAAACACCUACAUCAGCAAUGAGAUCAGUGAUACUCAAAUAUAAAAAGCAGAUCUGCAGUGAGUAUCAGUAUGUGACAGAGUAUAACUCACUGCCUGGUGAACAAGUGCUGCUGUCUGAGCGCUACACACAACCUCUGAUCCUUCAGAAACAUCGAGAUCAAAAAGAGAGAGAAGAAGAGCUCUGCUCCAGUGGAGAGAGCUUCCAGCAGGUCCUCAACUCCAGGAACAGUCAUGAAUCUGUCCAUCUGAACUCUCUGUUCAACCCAGAUGGCCAUGAGAUCAGUUCUAAUGCCGUUAUAUUGCAAGGAAAUUCAGGGAAUGGGAAAUCUUUCACUGUGCAGAAGAUCAUGCUGGACUGGGCAUCUGGUGACCUCUACAAAGAACAGUUUGGUAUUGUGUUCCACUUAAAGUGUAAAGAAAUAAACUGCAUUUCUGGCAAAAAGAGUUUGGUAGAGGUCUUAAGCAACAGCUGCAGUUUAACAUCAGAUCAGAUCUCACAGACAAUACAGCAUUCAACAGAGAAGGUGCUGUUCAUCAUUGAUGGAUUUGAUGAGCUGAGACUCACACAGGACAUUUAUCACAUGUCACCAAACACUGAUGUGCUUCAAAAAGCUCCACCUGAAGUCACUCUUUGUGCCCUGCUGAGGGGUCGAAUCCUGCCAGAGUCCUUCCUGCUGGUCACCACCAGAUCUACAGCUACAGACACAUUGGGUAAACUGCUCAAGGGACCUCAGCGUUUCACAGAGAUUAUGGGAUUCUCUGAGAUGGGGGUGGAGGAGUACUUUCAGAAGUUCUUCCAGAAUGAGGAGCUCUUCAAGAAAGCCUAUGAAUGUGUUAAAGCAAAUGAAACUCUCAUCACUGCUUGCUCCAUCCCUGUCAUCUGCUGGAUCAUCUGCACGGUUAUGCGAGAGAGGUUCAGUGAUGGUGCAGAUAUGAUGAGUGGACUGGAAACCACCACCUCUAUCUACGUUGACUUUGUGUCCACUCUACUGGAUUAUCACUGCCAGGGUUUGAGUCAGUCUGUCCCGAGCCUGCUGAGGAGUCUGGGUCAGCUGGCAGAGAGAGGGAUGCUGGAACAACAAGUCUUGUUUGAUGAGAAAACUGUUUAUGAAACAAUUUCAGACCCUGCUGGCAAUCCAUUCCUGUGCAAGUUCCUUUUUAAGAGAAGAAUCAGCCAGGAGACGAUGUUCAGUUUCAUGCAUCUCAGUUUUCAAGAGUUCUUCACUGCUCUGUAUUACAUCUCACUCGACAGCAAGACGUUCAAGGGGAAACUCACAAAACUACGUUCUUAUUAUCAUAAAUCACGUUUUGCAGCUGUAAUGCCGUUUCUUUUUGGCCUUUUGAAUGAGGAUGUUACAGGCACACUUAAGAGAAAGCAUGGUGUGCUUGUUCAUCCAAACACACAGAACCAUUUGAAAGAAUCGCUUUUUAAACCGUAUGAUUCUCUCCUCACUCUUCACUGUCUCUAUGAGCUCCAUGAAGAAAGCUUUGUAAAAGAAGUUUUAAAUGGAAAAGCAGACAUUUAUGUCAUGUAUGAUCCUCUAAGAAGAACAGACUGCUGGGCCCUGCUGUACUGUUGUCAGUGCUGUCAGUGCAUGAAAGAACUGACUCUCCAUUGCUGCCAAUUAACAUCUGAAAAACUCUCUAUGAUUCUUCCUGUACUCCACAAGUUUGAGAGUUUAAGGUUGACACCAGAAUCUCCAGAAGACUCUGAGCUUGUGGAUCUGAUUCAUGCUGUCAUGAGAGGACAGACACGUAGGGUUCAGAUUGAUUCAGUUCAUGCAGAUAGCAACACUUGUUCUAUCAAUAAACUUGAUAUGACAAUCUGUGAAGAACUGUCCAGGAUCUAUAUAGGACCAAAUAAUUGUUUGCCAUCAUUCAGUCUUACUUUUCUACAAUCUAAUCUAAUUAACAUUGACUGGCCAAACCUCUUCCGAGCACUUCAAACUGAGAACAAAGAUGUGCUCAUGUUUUACAUCUCUUGUUUGUCUGGAUUGAAGAAGAUGGAACUGUGUGUGUCAGUGAACAGUGUGACUGAGAGUUGGGCUAUUCAGAUCAUCUCCUUCAUCAAGAACUGCCCCAGCCUAACUGAGCUCAGGAUAAACUGUGGCUGGAUACUGGAGGAGGGAAUCAGGGUUUUGCAGAAGUCACACAUAAGGCCAGACUGCGCACUGACAUUUCACGGCUACAGAUGCAAAACAGGAGAGCAGUGUUCACAUGGGAAUGACUGCAAUGAGUGGGUGGAGAUUCAUCUGAAUGCUCUGGGAUUUUCUGUGGAGAUUUUAAGACCGGCAUUGUUUUGAUACUAAGCUACAGAUCAAGAACUUGGACUAAAUGUAACGGUGGGAGUUGUACUGUACAGUCCUGUGGAUGACAAUUCAGAGCGUCGUUUGGAUCGAUGUCUCUUCAUUAAUACAAUGUAAUAUUCAUGUCAGCGUGUUAACAAAAGUUGCUAAAUGCAAGUUGUCAAAUAUAUUAUGUAAUUGUUUUUCAUUCCUACUUAAAUGCUGGUUUUUAUAAGUAUCAAUAUUUUCUGCUACUGUUGUUGACACUUAUGUAUUGUUGAGAUGUAACAACAUGAGCUCUCUGGGUUAAAUAGUUGUUCUUGUAAAAAUCUGUUGAAGUAUUACAUUUAUGCAUAACUGUUGCAAGUUUUACUAGCCUUGCCUUUCCUUUGGAGCUUUAUGAUUUGUGGGAUUUUGUUGUUCAAUGUUAUUUAAUAAUAACUUUAUCCUCUUGCUUAAUUGUGCUGACAUGGUUUAGGGCCUAUUCAUCAGAUGUAAGUGACGUUGCAGAUCUCCGCCUUGUAAAAGCCCCCUAAUUAAAGGAAUAGUUC